CAGCACUUCACUCUUAACAGAAAUCCCAAAAUAUUUCCCUUUUUCUUCCUUAAAUAAAAUAAAAUAAAAAUCCAAAACCCAAAAAUAAAAUCACAAAAAUCAAAAGAACACAAGCAAUUCCAUUUCUUGGUUAUUUCUAUUUCUGCAUCAAUUUUAAUCACUAGAUUUCGCUUUCAAUUUUUGUUUAUUUGUUUUUCUUUUCUAAAUAAAAAUAAAAAUUGGAACCCACAAAUGCGAGAAAUGUGCUUCAGCUUUUCCUUGAAACGUUUUCAGGAAGAUAGGUGCUUUGAUCGAAUGGAAGGGAGUGCUGCGAAUUAUCACAAGGGUGGUAAAUACUAGCAACUUUAAUACUUAACGCUGUACGAUUAUGGCAUCUGCGAGCCUUGGAAAUGGUGGUGUUGGAAGCUCUAGGUCUGUUAAUGGCUUCAAGAGUUCAUCAAGUUCAGUUGAUUGGCUGGGGAGAGAAAUGCUUGAGAUGAGAUUGAGGGAUAAGGCGGACCAUGACGAGGACAGAGAUAGUGAACCAGAUGUAAUUGAUGGCGUGGGUGCAGAAGCAGGACAUGUCAUAAGAACAACUAUUGGCGGUCGAAAUGGUCAAUCUAGACAGACAAUCAGUUAUAUAGCAGAGCAUGUGGUUGGAACUGGCUCUUUUGGUGUUGUCUUCCAAGCAAAAUGUAGGGAAACUGGAGAAAUUGUUGCUAUCAAGAAAGUUCUCCAAGACAAGCGAUACAAGAAUAGAGAGUUACAGAUUAUGCAGAUGUUGGAUCAUCCAAAUAUUGUUUCCCUUAAGCAUUCUUUCUUUUCGACAACAGACAAGGAAGAGCUCUACCUAAAUCUGGUACUCGAAUAUGUUCCAGAAACUGUCAAUCGUGUUGCAAGGAAUUACAGCAGGAUGAACCAAAGAAUGCCUUUAAUAUACGUGAAGCUCUAUACUUAUCAGAUCUGCAGGGCACUUGCCUAUAUACACAAUUGCAUUGGGAUUUGUCACCGUGACAUCAAGCCUCAGAACUUACUGGUAAAUCCUAGUACGCAUCAACUGAAACUUUGUGAUUUUGGGAGUGCGAAAGUAUUGGUAAAAGGAGAACCCAAUGUCUCUUACAUCUGCUCGAGAUACUAUCGUGCUCCAGAACUGAUAUUUGGUGCUACUGAAUACACAACUGCUAUUGAUAUUUGGUCUACUGGUUGUGUGAUGGCUGAGUUGCUACUUGGGCAGCCAUUGUUUCCUGGUGAAAGUGGAGUUGAUCAACUAGUUGAGAUCAUUAAGGUUUUGGGAACUCCAACCAGGGAGGAGAUAAAGUGCAUGAAUCCAAACUAUACCGAAUUUAAGUUUCCGCAGAUAAAGCCUCAUCCAUGGCACAAGGUGUUCCAAAAGCGUUUACCCCCAGAAGCAGUGGACUUUGUUUGUAGGUUCUUCCAGUACUCUCCCAAUUUGAGAUGCACUGCUUUAGAAGCUUGCGUGCACCCUUUCUUUGAUGAAUUAAGGGAUCCAAACACUCGCCUACCCAAUGGCCGCCCUCUUCCUCCACUGUUUAAUUUUAAAGCUCAAGAGCUAUCAGGCAUACCACAAGAUGUCGUGAACCGACUUAUUCCGGAGCAUGCUCGUAAGCAGAAUUUGUUCAUGGCUUUGCACACCUAGCAAAUAUUAUGAAUUUCUUCGCUUGUUCUUGUAAUCCACACUGCUGUCUUGUAUCAACAUUUGUAUAAAAGAAAAAAAUCUCUGCUUUUGUUGUCUUCUCUUCUUUCUUGUGAGAGAGUGAGUGUUUAAAGAGGAGUUUCUUUAGGACAAUCUGGGAGACCUGAGGCUUUGAGUUUGCUGUGCUGGUAAGAUGUUUUUGUGGUCAUUAUCUGAGACAAAACUUUAGCAUAUGAUGUAUAUUUAUAAAGGGCCCUCUGUUAGUAAGUUGAUAAAUUUGAUAAUGCUUGUAUUUUUUACCA